UUGUUUACAUGAAACAUAUUUUCUGAUAUCGACUUUAUCGUAAGUGAAAGCUAUCGUUGAAAAACAUUUUAAAUCAGUAUUGCAAAUACAGUAACGGUGAAUACAGUGCAGUUAUUUUGAUUACAAGAAAUGGAUUUCAUCUCUUUGGCACUAUACACUCUUUGCAUUAUUGUGAUUUCUCGAGUUCUAUCGAUAGUGUAUUACCAAUAUGAUAUACGAAAAAAACUUAAAAACGUUCCCGAAGUCGAUAAAUUUCCUUUUGGUACAAUAUUUGAGCAAAUGAAUCUUCCGGACAAUGAACGCACGCAAAUAAUGUUAAAGUAUGUAGAAAAGACGUGUAAGCAAGGAAUAUUCAUACAAUGGGUUGCAGGCAAAGCUUUUAUAUACGUGUAUAAACCAGAAUAUUUAGAGCUUAUUUUACCUAGCACCGUAAAUAUCACAAAAGGGUUACAUUAUUAUCUUCUGAAACCCUGGUUGGGCAACGGACUUUUAUUAUCUACAGGUAAACAAUGGUUCCACGAUAGAAAACUGAUCGGACCAACAUUCCAUUUUAGUAUAUUAGAUCAAUUUGCUGUGAUCAUGUCUGAGAAAGCAGAAAUCUUGAACAAGUGUCUCGAAAGAAAAAUAGAGCAAGAUCCAGGGAAGGCUAUUGAUAUUUUUCCUUUUAUCCUCAAUGCGGCUCUCGAUAUUAUCUGCGAAACGGCAAUGGGUGUAGAUAUACGUGCUCAAGAAGUCGAAACCAAGUAUUCAUUAACAAUACAAGAAGUAUCCGAGUUAAUAAUGAAACGAUUCUUUCGACCGUGGUUUUGGAUUGAUUGGUUAUAUUAUUCAACGCCUGCAGGAAAGCAAUAUAAAUUAGCCCUUGAUACAAUGCACGGAUUUACGCAAGAAGUGAUAAGAAAGAGAAUGGUUGAACGGCAAUUACAAAACGGCAAUAAAACGGAACUUGAAAAUGAGGACAAUGAAUCUGACAUAGGUAAACGGAAGAGAAAAGCAUUUCUAGAUUUACUAUUAGAUCAGAAUGCGAAAGACGACUCCCCUCUAACCGAUGAGGAGUUGAGGGCGCAAGUUGACACGUUUAUGUUUGAGGGACACGACACAACUGCGGUUGCAAUAAAUUGGACACUCUUUCUUUUGGGCAAUAAUCUCGAGCAUCAGGAAAAAGUUCACGACGAACUCGAAGAGGUUUUCGGAGAUUCAGAGACACCAGCCAGUGUAAAGGAACUAUCGCAAUUAAAGUAUCUCGACAGAGUAAUAAAGGAGACGCUCCGAAUAUUUCCUAGUGUACCUGUCAUCUCGAGGGAACUAGUAGAAGACGUAAAAUUGGAUGAUAAUAUUCUUCCAAAAGAUUACACGGUUGUAGUACCAAUGUUAUUAAUACAUCGAAAUCCGGAAGUUUGGCCAGAACCAUUAAAGUUCGAUCCGGAUCGUUUUCUUCCGGAAAACUCAAAGCAUAGAAAUCCAUAUGCCUACGUUCCGUUCAGCGCUGGUCCGAGAAACUGUAUUGGGCAGAGAUUCGCUUUACUCGAAGAGAAAACUGUAUUGACUGCUAUUCUUAGAAAGUGGAGGGUGAAAAGUGUGAAAACACUCGACACGAUCCAAUUCGGUGGCGCUCUGAUUUUGCGACCCAGUGAGGAAGUGCUCGUACAUUUUACACCCAAGAAAUGAACAGUUUGCCAGCAAAUACAUACUUUUUAUAACAUGUUUUAUAAUUUUAUUUUAUUAAUUCUUUUACGUACAAUAUAUGUAUAUAAAGCACAUAUUAUUCUCUUGCAUACAUACAUAUUUACACAAGCGCGGCCAGAAUGUACAUCACUGUUGUGAACAAAAAUAUUAAUACAUAUAAUACGUUAUGAUAUGAUAAAAUAUAAAAAGUUUUACGUUAUAA